AUGCUUGUGUAUGCCGUUGUCGGCUAUAUUACGAAGCUUCAUGAGACUGUAACAGUAGCCGGAGAAAUUCUUUCAGGUGGUUCAAUAUACAUUCGUAGAGGAACAAAAGGAAGGAAAGAAAAUGCACCUAAACAGAUUCUCGGAGACAAUCUUUCCUUUUUCACUCGGAACAAUUUCUUAGUGUUUGAAAUUGAAUCCGAGCAGAGGGCAAAUACAUUGGUCACGUUUUGCACUUGUAUCAGCCUCACAAGUGUAGGCCUCAUGCUUACCAUCACCGUUCCAUACGUCGACGAUAACCAGUUCCCCUUCAUCGUUUUCAGCCCAUCGGUACAAUCUGAAAUGAGGAAUUGGAACAGCGGAGGGUAUUCAGUGAGAAUGCUGGUGGUGGAAUACAUGACUCUGUCGGAGAUUGUGGUUCAACGGGACGAUCAACAAGUUGAGUAG